AUGGCACAACAACUUUUAGAUGACUUAAAAAUUUGUUUAAGUCAAGAUAUUAACGACAAAAACGUUAUUUCUGAUGUUAGAAAUAUUAUCAAAUUACUUGUAAAACAAACACAACAAGCGUCUAACCAAAAAGAUUUUUAUCUUAUAGAUGAUAUAACGAAAACAAUAAUUCAAACAGUUUCAGUAAUGAGAGAAAGAAUUAUUCUUGUAAUUGGAUAUAUUGUAGGUAUUUUUUAUCACGCACAUAAUUACAAAGAAGCUAUAGAUUGUGUGUCAUCUUAUUUCAAUCAAAUAGAUUACACUUUAUUUGUUAAUGAAAGAGAUCGUGGAAUAUUUGGAUAUUAUUACGGAUUAAUUUCAGUUAAAAUAGGAAAUUACAAAGGAGCAGCAGAAGCUUUAGAAAAGGCAUAUCUUAUUGCAAAUGAUCAAUUUAAGAAACAAAUUUUAAUGUAUCUUGUUCCAUUGAAAUUACGUUGUGGGAUGUAUCUUCCAAUGGAAGAAAUGAAGAAAUAUGGAAAUAAAAUAUUGAUUGAUUUAUCAAAUGCAGUUAAUAGAGGAGAUGUUAGUUUGUAUGAGAGAAUUGUUAAUAAACAUGAAUUAGAAUUUGUUCAAAUUGGAAUAUUAGAAUUGAUUGAA